UGAACCACGCUGCCCCCACACUCCACAUGUCCGAGGGAUAUGGGGGCUGUAAAAUGGCUUCUAGUGGCGGUCACCACGUCUGCCGGUAGGCGUCGUGUCUCUGCAGGCCCUCCCGCGGAGGCAUUCGUGAACCACCGUCUCCUAUCAAGCACCCCUCUCAGAGUGAAACCGCGUCUCGGGUGCCGCCUCCUGUGUUCUUCAACAACCCCCGCAGCAAGCAUCCGCCGCAGCCUGACUGCUGUAAUGGCGACGGCAGGGGCUGGCGAAUCGUGGUGUGGGCAUGAGCUACUGAACACCGUCACGACAGCAUGGGUUGAGGACCACUUGGGUGACCCAGAGCCCGUUGCGCUGGUGGAUAUCCGCGGCCAGGUCGUCAAGCACCGAGACGAGGGGUCGGACUUCUUCAGCACGCGCUACGAGGGAAUGGAGGCGGACUACCUCGACGCCCACAUUCCCGGAGCCGUUUUCGUAGACUGGACCAAGGACAUAGCCCACACGGACGAAAACGGCGUGCCCGCGCAGCUCACGGACCGGGAGAGUUUCGUGAUCGCCAUGCAAGAGAGGGGGGUGGGAGCGGACAAGCGCGUGGUCGUGUACGACAACGGAGACAUGCUCUUCGCCACCAGAUUUUGGUGGGCCAUGCGACGAUUUGGGCACGAUAGAGUGGCGGUGAUGGAUGGGGGUUGGGCCAAGUGGCAGGCGGAAGAGAGAGACAUCACUCCUGACUGCCCGUGUCCCCUAAAGGUCUACACGGAAUGGGGCAUUCCCCCGGAGCGCGAGAGGCCAGGAUUGAUUACCACGUCGGCCGACAUCCGAGCCGCCCUUGCAAGGAGGGAAAAAGCGGGGGGCGGCAGCGACCACCAGGCCGACGCCGCUGUGCAGCUCCUGGAUGCCCGGGCUGCGGCGCAAUACACUGGCGAGGUCAGACGCGCACGGCUAGGCGGGCACAUCCCGGGAGCCGUGAACACUCCCUAUCGCUCCUUCUUGGCCGAGGGGACCGGUCCUGACGGAAGUUUCAGGGUCUUCAAGGACCUCGAGGGCAUCACCGAGGUUUUCGAGUCUGCCGCCGUGGACACCUCCCCGUCCGCCGCCCCCAUCAUCGCCUACUGCAAUGGUGGCGUGGCCAGUACCGUCGUUCUGUUUCUCCUGUUCCAGCUGCGGGAGCUGCGGGGCGAUGGUGCAGCAACAGCUAGUAGCGGUAGUGAUUCAGACGGUUUCGGGAGAGGCUGGUGGUCAAAUUACGACGGGAGCUGGAACGAGUGGGGGAACGACGAGUUGGCGCCGGUGGAAAGACCGUGAGGGGACUCUCGGUUAUAUGUUUGGUCGUGUCAGAGCUGUCUUUGUAGAUAGAGAUGCCCUCCACUCCGAAGAGACGAAAGGCAUGUAUUUAUGUUGGAACAUCCACAUCUUGAUUGGUUUGGUCAUUGGUGUCGUCGUCGUCGUUGUAGUCGUCGGUGUUGUUUUCGUUGUCAAGAUAAGCGCUUGUCGUCGAAGACGAAUAUUCCUGCUGUGUCCUACCGCUGUUGCCGUCUAACCGAAAACGCAACGAGGGGCUUCCACGUAUCUUGGGUGGCGUACGAUAUACAGUACCAUCUAGGAUGGUGGUUGUGGCAAGAGGCAAGGUCUUUUCAUGUGUUAAUGUUGACCCUUCCGUACUCUUGUCUGUAGACUAUAUGUUGACCGUAUUUGUUGGCAAUACCAAGCACAAGCAGCUUGCACCCGACUACCUGCUCGGCUAAAACAUCUCUCCCGAAGUCUCGUGAACACCAAGCCUCUUGGCAGGUGCGACCGUUGUUGGUUACGAUUUCGAGCUCACGUGCUACAUCCACGUACACGGCAGACCGGCAGCCCUUCUCGCGAUGAGAUUUCCUGGUCCACGCGCGAAAUCUAUUGAAGUCAGAUCAGCCCGCGUCCGCGGCUUCUGGGUCAUCACGCACUUCUACUCGUUGCCUUCUCUCUUUCUCUCUCUCUCUCU